AUGGAGAGGGGCGCACAGCCGCAGCCGCAGCAGUUGCCCAAGAGCGCGGAGAGCGCGGCGGAGGACAUCUCCAAGGUCCACGACGAGGAGCUGCUGAAGUGGAGCAAGGACGAGCUGGUGCGCCGGCUGCGCAGGGCGGAGGCGGAGAAGCGGGGCGUCAUCGUGGAGCACGGCAAUCUGAUGCGGGAGGUGAACCGGAGACUCCAGCAGCAUCUGAACGAGAUACGGAGUUUGAAGGACGUGAACCAGAAACUGCAGGAGGACAACCAGGAGCUGCGGGACCUGUGCUGCUUCCUCGAUGAUGACCGGCAAAAGGGGAAGCGGGUGCUGCGCGAGUGGCAGCGUCUGGGCCGCUACAGCGCCGGCCUGAUGAAGAAGGAAGUGGCCAUUUACCUGCAGAAGCUGAAAGAGGUGGAGCAGCGACAGGUGGACAUCGUCCGGGAGAACCAGGAGUUGAAGGAGGUGUGCCUCAUGCUGGAGGAGGAGAGGGCUGCGGCCGUGGCCGAGGGGGGAGGCGGUGGUACGGGCGGGCAGGUUAGCCCCGGCUGCAGGAGUUCCAUCGACAGUCAGAGCAGCUUGUCGCAGCUGGGUGGGGCUGCUCCAGCGGCUGGCCUCUUGCGAGACGUUGGUGAUGGGAGCAGCACCUCUAGUGCGGGCAGCACAAAUAGCCCUGACAACCCCCACCAGAAACCCCCUACCCCGGGCUCCAGUGCUAGCCCCGGAUCUAGGCCGAGUUGUGUGUCCUCGGAGCAGCCCAACAAACCAGGAGUUGUGUACGAAUCAACAGGCAGGAGGAACAGCUCCACCUCAGAGUACCACACCUUCCCCCAGUCCUGCCGGCCACGUGGAGGUUCCCUCACCAACCUGGACCCUCACAGGCUCCGGGGACACAGCCCAGAGAAACACAGCAAGUCUCCCACCAGGCUGCCAUGUGACUCCCACCUCAAACCCUGCAGCUCUGACCUACUAGCCCAGAAACAGCUGCUAAUGCCAGGACCGGCAUCGCCAGGCUGCGAGAAGAGGGCGGCGAAGUCCAGUCCCGAGCCGAGUCAGAGACACCGGCAGGUUAACGCAGUGGGGUCGGGCCAUGGAAGUCCCGAGGCCAAGCAGCCGCCAAUGGGGACGCCGGAGCACCUGAGGAAGGGACGGGUGAUUGUCGGGAGUCCAGAGUCUAUGCGACUCCACUAUCACUACCCGCACAGCCCCGGGGUGGAGCACAGCAAGGGGAGGUUUAACAGUGGCUCCCCUGCCAGGGACGGGGGUCAGAGGAGGGCAGUGGAGGGGGAGAUGGCCCCUCACCACCAGAGUCUGUACAACGCUCUGAUAUCUGCUGGCUGCUGCACCAAUUCCUGUAGGAGUGUAAAACUUUGGGACAGCUUUGAUGCUUCGUGACCAUGACAUGCCUCGUCAUGCCCCCCCCCCCCCAAGAGACAAAGGAGAGUUAUUAUUGGGUUAUUGGAUGGAGGGACAAAUGGAUCGAUGCAUAACUGGAUAGAUAUAUGACAUGGAAUAAGGUACUGAAGGGCAAGGGAGCGGAUAAAACAAGAUGACAAAGCGGCAAAACACUGGAAACACUUGAACACUCUCUCUGCCCUGUCUGCUGCUACUAUGCAUUUCCUGUGGACCACCAGACUGAUUUUCAUUGUAUGGAAUGAGCAGUGGCUCAUCCCUGUAAUGCAAAGAGAGGGAAAAAAAAAUAAGACUGAUGAGAAAUUUUGUGUUGCCAACAAAAUAGUCCUACCUCUUUGGAAAGACAGAGACCUUUUUGGAUGAAAGAAGCUCUAUAUAUAUAUGACGUGUAACUUCCUCCGCUAACACUGGAGGUUACAGCAUCUUCUCUACAUAAUCACAGUGCCAGUGAUUAUUUUAAACUUAAUACAGAACAUGUAGCUAAUGAUAUUAACUACUUUUACAAAUGUCAUUGUAGACCUGGAACUGAAGCACAAAAGGAUCUACAGAGUAAUUUUAACUUCAAAAAUAUACUAUUUCAGUUAUUUAAAGGAUAAAUCUGAUUUAUUACAGCCUGUAAUUGCCGAGAGUUCGGAACGGGGCAAAAACACAGGGCAAGAAAUACAACAGAUCAGACAGGAUGUAACCAAGCCAGUUUAGCUCAGUUGUUUAACAAUGUUAUUCUAAGGUAAAACUGAAAAUGAGCAGAGCUCAAAUGAUGGUAAUAAUCCCUCACUGCACAUGGAAAUUGUGUUCACAUAACAAGAUUUUAAUUUAUAUAUGUAUUGCAAUUUAUUGAUCACUCCCAUCAGAGCUGUGACUUAGAUAUUCUUGCUGCUGCUUCCUCUAAUUUCUUCCACCAGCAAACCACUGAAAGGCAUGCAUUUUAAAACAGUUUGAUAAAUGCAGCUAAUUUGUGACCAACACAAGCAAUUGUAAAAAUUGGAUUAAAAAUACAUCCGUAAAAAAUAUGGACAUAUUCUACACUUUUAUAUCCGAGGAUCAUGGAUCAAAAUGGAAAAGGCUAAUGAGAUGAUAAAAUUGCUGGUUGCCGACUCUGCAUGUAAUUGUUGUGAAACCAGCACACCUCC